UUUUUCUUUUCCCACUGUGUAGCGAGCUGCUCCUGCGCUGCUGUGCGCAGCUGGGAGGGCGGGGUGCUCACGCGGACUGUCGGAAAGAGCGCAGCGCCGCGCGCGGGGGGGAAAAAAGUCUCGCGCUUUCACUGGAGCCGCCUGGUCGCGCGCGCUGUCCCGGAGCCGCCGCCGCCGCCGCCUUUACGCGCAGAAUAAUGGAACUAUCAGCUUUAGCAACGUGUUGCUUUAUAACGGCUGUCGCUUUUACGACGGCUUUAGCGAGCAAACUGAACGUCCCACGUCUUCGCCUCUCAUACAAAGACCUGGUGGCCAGUAAUCGUACCUCCAUCUUCUCUGGCCUGCAUGGGGACCUGCAGCUGUCGGCCAUGUUUUUGGAUGAGUAUCACGACAGGCUCUUUCUGGGAGGGAAGGAUGUUCUCUACUCUCUUAGACUGGACCACACACACACAGAUGCUAAAGAGAUCCACUGGCCAUUGCCUGGGAACAGAGAAGACUGUAUCUUAAAAGGAAAGGACCCAGAGACGGAGUGUGCUAAUUUCGUGCGUCUUCUACACCCCUUUAACCGGACUCAUCUCCUGGCAUGUGGAACUGGAGCUUUCCAACCCGUGUGUGCUCUCGUUUACGUCGGACAUCGUGGAGAGCAUGCAUUCUUCCUGGAGAAUUCCAGUGUGGAAAAUGGGAGAGGACGAUGCCCUCAUGACCCCAAGCUCCCGUUUGCCAGCACCUUCACAGGUGGGGAGCUGUACACAGGUCUGACGGCUGAUUUCCUGGGACGUGACUCUGUAAUUUUGAGGAGUUUGGGGCAUCGAUCUCCCAUGAGGACUGAAACAGACCAGAAAAUAUUACACGAGCCCAGGUUCGUGGCCGCACACCUCAUUCCAGACAGCGCAGAUAAAGAUGAUGAUAAAGUCUACUUCUUUUUCACCGAAAGAGCGAGUGAGGCUUGGGAGAGAGAGGGAGAGGCAGCAAUACACACACGCAUUGGACGAGUGUGUGCGAAUGAUGUUGGAGGGAAGAGAGUACUGGUGAAUAAAUGGAGUACGUUUAUUAAAGCUCGAUUGGUGUGUUCUGUUCCUGGACCUCAUGGCAUUGACACACACUUUGACCAGCUAGAGGAUGUGUUUCUUCUGAGGACUAAGGACGAAAAAAAUCCAGAAGUUUACGCCAUCUUCAGCACCAUCAGUAACGUGUUCCAGGGCUACGCUGUAUGUGUGUAUAACAUGGCUGAUAUUCGUGAGGUUUUCAAUGGGCCCUUUGCUCAUAAAGAGGGACCGGAUUAUCAGUGGGGACCUUACGAAGGACGCGUCCCAUAUCCCAGACCUGGAGUGUGCCCCAGUAAGAUCACUGCUCAGCCUGGCCGUAUGUUUGGCAGCACUCUGGAGUUCCCAGACGCUGUGUUGCAGUUUGCUCGCUCUCAUCCUCUCAUGUGGAAGGUUGUGUACCCAACCCACCGCCAGCCCCUGCUCUUGCGCACCUCUACCCCCUACAGACUCACACACAUCACCGUGGACCGCACAAUGGCCGAGGACGGCCCUUACGACGUCAUGUUCAUUGGCACAGAUGUUGGCACCGUCCUGAAGGUCAUUGCACUGCGCAAUGGCAACUCAAUCACCAGUGAGGAGAUCACACUGGAGGAGCUACAGGUCUUCAAGGUGCCCACUCCCAUCACCUCCAUGGAGAUCUCAGUCAAGCGGCAAUCACUGUUUGUGGGCUCGAGUGCUGGUGUAGCACAGGUUCCUCUGCAUCGCUGCAGCAUGUACGGUAAAGCGUGUGCUGAGUGCUGCCUGGCACGAGACCCCUACUGCGCCUGGGACGGACACACCUGCACACGCUAUGUUCCCAGUGCUAAACGUCGCUACCGUAGACAGGACAUCAGACACGCAAACCCAGCACUGCAGUGCAGAGACCAGAACCAGAGCGUGGAAGACGUAGACAUGGUUGAAGUGCGGGUUGUGUAUGGCACAGAGAACAACAGCACCUUUCUGGAGUGUGUCCCUCGAUCUCCACAAGCCACUGUCACCUGGCACAUCCAGCGGGAUGAACAUCUGGAGGAGGUGGAGCUGGACGAGCGAGUGAUAAAAACGGACGAAGGUUUGCUAUUCAGGCGAGUGUUACGACACGAUGAAGGCGUCUACGUGUGCCGCUCUCGGGAACAUGGAUUUUCUCAGACGCUCUCACGUGUGUGGUUGGAUGUGUUACAAGGGGACACCCUUGCUGACUUACUAUCACAAGACAGUAAACACAAGGUUUGGUCUCCAUGUCCUGCCCAUAUGGGCUCGGCUAACCGAAUGCCAUCCAAGGGUUGGUUUAAGGAUGUCUUGCAGCUGAUUGGUCCAUCAAAUCUUCCUCAAGUAGAACAAUACUGUGAUCGUGUCUGGUGCAAUGAAAAACUGCGGCGCAAGCACAAGAACAUGAUGGACAAAUACAGACAAGCACAAGACGUAGCACGGAAAUCCAGAGUCAGUAAGAACGUCGGGGAACGGAAUCGUAUGCCACGAGACACACAUGCAGUAGAGUGACAUACCCACACACACACACACACACACACACACACACACACACACACACACACACCGAGAGAUGAACUCAUGGACAAAGAGACGAGAGUUAUCAUAAUGUUAUAAACCACCUCUCAAGCUCAAAGACGCUGACAUUCAAACAUACACUGCUCACACAGACAAAGAGGUGGAAUGUGUUUACCAUCUCCAGAACUCUGCUUAAUUGUGGAGCAAAUUUUAUAUUACAUUUUCUUUAUUUACAUAUUAUUGUGAUGUCAUUUGUCAUAAUUUGACGACAGUUGCCGAAUCAACAGAAGAAACAGACACUAUGUAGGUGCACACACACACACACACACACGUGUGCUUUGCCUGUAUUAAAAUUCUGUUUACUGUAGUUUUCUACUGUAUGUGCUGAGAAGAUCUGGGUGUGUUCAUAACAUCGCUCUCAGAAUGCUGGAGUAAAGCUAAAGACCUUUAUGAGUAUCCAGAUUUGAAAAGUACUUGCAGGUUUUUUUUGGACCAACUUGUUAACCUGAAUUUUUUGAAGCUGUAAUUUGCUAAUUUAUAUGGCUGUUACUGCAGACUCUGGUUAUAUGUGGAUUAUGUCAGGAAUAAAACAUGAUGGGGCAUGCAGUUAGAGGAAAAUGUUGAACAAUGGGGUGGUGUGAGGCUCAAAGUGUUUAAUUCCUCUUAUACCACAGCAAUUUGCCAACACUAAGAAUGCUGUAUUUAUUGAAGAAUGACACAUCAUGCAUUAUAUCCAUUUAUAGUUACGUUUAAUGUUGUGGAUUGUCUGCACAACUGGUUAGUUCUCGUUAUUACUUAUGUUAUAGCAGCUAUGAGCAGCCAUUUCCUUAUUAACUCACACCCCCUAUUUUUCUUCCCUGUGGAAGUUAAUAAGACAAAAAUUGCAGAUUGUCAUGUUACUCAGAGACCGCUAAGCUCAAUGUCCACUGUUCUGAAGACUGAAAACCUUUACAAUGACUGUUACAAUGUGCUGACACUGGAGACUCCUUCCAAAAAUGCUAAAUCAACAUCUCCUUACAGAUUUUUUUUCCAAUAUUAACGAUUACACACAUCAUACAAGUCCCUGUGUAAGUUGUAAACGAUAAUUCAAUAUUCGAAUGAGCACAAUAGUAUAAACCUUGCAACUGGAAUUACUGUCCAAGCCAUGCUGUUAUAGAAGAUUUAUCAGAUUUAUGUGCGAAAUCUGACUAUUCAACAGUGCUGUGGUAUAAAGUGAAAAGCAAAAAAAAAAAAAAUCUUCAUACUUCCUCAUAACUAUAGCUGCACUGUUACCUGUUAGAGAAAAAAAAUGCUUUUUGUUACAUGUCAUUGCGGUGGUCACUUUUCUAACUUUUGUAAAAGGUUGUAGAGGAUGUACAAUGGUACUUAUUUGGAAUUUGAAGGUUUUGAAGGUGUAUUUGUAGGUGAGGAAUGAAAAUGUUACCUGUAUGUUCAUAUUUCUGAUGGUGUAACAAACUAGGCAAUUUUCACAAUCACAUUUCAUCUGUACAUUUUUCAUGUACAAGGCAUUAUGUAAAGUGCAGACUAAGGCACUGUAAAAACACUGAAUUUCAAAUAUAAUGAAAGAGUCAGGUAAUGUGGUACAAUAUGCUUAAACGUCCAGAUUGUUUUGGAAACAGAAGAGAGAUUUCUUUUAAAAUCUCUAUUCAGUUGUAUAAAUGAAGAAGGAGCCAAGUCUGCAUGGUUGUUUGGUUUGCCUUAUUAUUUUUUUUUCCAUUAAGCCUAGAUGUUUCAUCGCACAGUUUAGUGAUUAAUUUGUUCUAACAGAAGUCUGGAAACCCAGAACGUAUUUUCUCUGAAAAUAUUGCUGUUGAUCUAAUCUACCCUGACUCGGAGACCAGUGUUAGAAAAAAGGAACCUUCAGAAUAUAGAUCCAUCUGAAUCUUUUGCUGCUGCUGCAUUACUAGCUUUUCAUAGUGUUAUAAAAAUAACAUUAUAGCUGUUAAUGGCAUUCAUUCAAUUUUCCAGUAAAUGACUGGGUUAUAAGUUUAAUUGAGUUCAGCUUAGUGCAUCCAUUUGCAGACUGUACAUUUUCAAUAAAGUCCUUUAACAAAUCACUAUAUUCAGGGUAUUUAGAUACACUAUAUACAUUUCUAGUGUCUACAUCUUAAGUAAAACAGAUGAGUGGCAGCUUUUUUCGUCCCAAACAUCUGGUGGUUAUCAUAAAAAAGGUGUAUAUGCACACUCAGUGCUUUAUCAUUAACAUUAAAAUUAUUUGGAACAUCUUAGAUUUGACUCUUGGUGGAAAAAUGCCACUUUUCAGCAGACAUUUUUCUUUGUCACCCCUAAGUAUAGUUAAUUGAUCUUAACUAUAUACUAGUCUAAUGUUAGCUAAGUCAAACAUACACUAAUAGACCUUAUAUCACAUUGACGAACUUGAAACAUCCUCCAUUUACCUUGAAAGCGAUGCUGCAUCUUUGAGACGAGUUGCAAGAUUACGAAUCUGAGACAGGGGAAGGGGGUGGGGCUUCCAGGAUGUCAGUUAAUAUCAGAGAGUCCAAAACACCUACGCAACUAUGCAAUUGCUCAUCUGGGAUUUAGACUUGUGUAGAAGAAAAAAAUUGCUCUUGAGUGAUAACUCAUAAUGGUGUAAAGGUUGUCAGAUCUACACUUAAAAAAUACGCAACUGUGACUGGACUGCAAUAUGGCAGAUGCACUAAGAAGAACGGACAUACAGUAUAAAUGCUCUAACCGUAAAAUCAUUAUCUGUAAAUCAUUCAUCAUAUGUUGAAAUACUAUACAAAAAUAAUUUCUAUUGCUAUUUUUAACCAUAGCAGCUCCAUGGAUCUUCUUCUGAUUUAAUACCUGAUCCAAACCACUGAUUAAUCCAAGUUUUUACUUAUAUGGACUGAUUUUAACUAACAGAUUGAUGCUCAUUUCAACACUGUACUUUCAUUUUAUCUGCAGAUAACACAUAAAAAGUGUGUGAAGAGUUUGUAUUGGUAUAUGUCAUGUAUUUAUGUCUUAUUUAAAACAGAUUCUUGCAUGCAGAGUGUACAGAUGUGAGUUUUUGUCUUUAAAGAUAAUUGAAUAAAAUGGAAUAAAAAUGUUCCAUAUUGUA